CAAAUGAAUGAUACAUUAAAUAUAUGUGCCAAGAAAGACACCCCACCCCCUUUAUUAUACUGUCCGAAAUUCUGUGGUUUAUGCACAUCACCAAGCAAAGGUAAUGUAACACAUCACGUGACUACAACAGUCUCCAGUGGUUCUUCAGAAAUAACUGACGGCGGUUCAUGUAAAGAUGAAAUAUACAUGGAUUGUAAACUAGCAGACGACACACACAACAUCUGCGCAGAAAGAUCAUUGGCUGCUGUCAAAUACUGUCAAAAAUAUUGUGGUUUUUGUUCAGCGGAUGGAUCCACACUACCGCCACCCAAAGGAACAACAAUAGAUACAUGUAUAGACAAUGGAGACAUAGACUGUAAACAAAUGAAUGAUACAUUAAAUAUAUGUGCCAAGAAAGACACCCCACCCCCUUUAUUAUACUGUCCGAAAUUCUGUGGUUUAUGCACGCCCUCUGAUGGAGGAAAUACAAAGUCUGCUUCAACAACAUCCGUAACAUCCACAGGUUCACAAACAACACAGACGAAAACCACACAGAUGACGACAAAAUCAUCAACCAUACAGUCUACUACAACGAGUCCUCCACCUAAAACACUCCCACCAACAACAACGCAAUGUGCGGUAUGCGCUGGGCCACAAUUUCUGUGUGAAAAAUUGUUCACACCUACAGCCUGUACUCCACCGAACAAUUACUGUAUCAACACAAUUACGAACAAGCUAGAUGGCACUAGAACCGUAAAUAGAGCAUGUGGAGAUUUUAACACCUGUUAUAGAGAAUGGUACCUGGGAACAUCGGACGAGGACCAGUGUCGUAAUUUUGACGCUACCGACCAGCAGUUUAUCGACUUCCGGUGUACAUUCUGUUGUAUCAGUGACAACUGUAACAAACCACUACGUCCUCUAAACAGCGACCUCUACAAACCAGUCUAGUCGUCACAUCACACUCUCAUUUGUAAAAUUAUGUUUAUCUUUGAAUAAAUCUGUUGAAAUAUGA